AGGGGGUGAAAAAAAAUUACUAAAAUAAAGUGUGACAAUAUAAAUACAGUGAAUCAAUGCGCAAAAUUCAUUGAAUAUUAGUCUUCUCUGUUAUAGAAAAGAGUGCCCCUGCUGUAGCUUUUCCAAGGAAAAAAAAAUUUACUCCAUGCACAAAUAAGGAGUAUAUAUAACUUCUCAAUUUUCAUUAAUAGCAUAGCAAGCUGUUAAUUUGUGAAAGUCACUCUUGAAUUUAGCAAAAUCAUGGAACAAAUCCAAAGAAAACUAGCUGAGUACACUGCUUCCUUGUACAAUGAGAAAAUUCUGGAUGAACAGUUUAUACAACUUCAGCAACUGCAAGAUGAGAGCAAUCCUGAUUUUGUGGUGGAAGUUGUAUCCCUUUUCUUUGAAGAUUCUGAAAGGCUUCUUAAUGAACUUGCAAAAGCUCUCAAUCAGUCUAAUGUAGACUUCAAGAAACUGGAUGCUCAUGUUCAUCAGCUGAAAGGUAGCAGCUCUAGCAUUGGGGCACAAAGAGUUCAAAGAGUGUGCAUUUCCUUCCGUAAUUAUUGUGAUGAACGCAAUGUUGAAGGGUGCUUAAAAUGUUUGCAACAAGUGAAAAUUGAGUACACCCUUGUCAAGAACAAGCUUGAAACUUUAUUUAAGCUGGAGAAACAAUUCGUGGAUGCCGGAGGAUCAUUUCCAGUGGUGUGAAUAUUGAUUGAUGAGAUAUAUGGAAUUUAAUUAUGUUUAAUUAAUGGCAACUUUAAUUAGAAGUUAUUUGGAUAUGUUAAUUUAGAUUGUGUUCAUGAUAUUGGCUUCAAAUGUAUAAGCAAUGAAAGUGAAGAUGAGAAGGACUUCAUUAAUGUAGUUUAUGUGUAGCUAUCAUCUUUAAUUUUGUUAGAAUUAUUGUAAAUAAGUUAAAUCUCUACUUAAUAAUGCUUGAUUAUAUGCAUGAUCAAUGUACAUUUAAUAUCGAA